CACAUAGUUGCAGCAUCCAUCCACUGUGCGCUUUUACGCAAUCCUCCUGUUGGCCUUCGGCACAGUAUGACAGUGGCAUCAGAGGCGCAGAACGGAGUUUACCAUGCACUCUCCUCUCAGGCUUGACUGACUACAUGAUUUACAAGAUGAGGGCUGUUUUCUGGGGAGUUCUCCUCGCCUGCGUGGACUGGAGUCGGGGCCAGGAGAAUCACACAUUCGAUGGCGACGUCCGCGACUUUGCCAUUGGUGACAGCUCGGUAUACGUCGUUACGGAUGACCGACUCUUCCAGCUGAACCAUGAUUUUACCAAAGUUAUAAAGAGGGAUAAUCCGAACGUAGUUUAUCCUAACCAAGAAGUGCCUCCUUCCGACGAAACGUAUCCAUUUAAGGUAAACAUUUUACUGCCAUUCAUCAAAAACAAGACCUUGAUCACAUGUGGAACCACAAAAUGCGGCUACUGUGAAAUACUGGAUCUCAACGAAAUCUCAAAAUCUGUGUAUUCGGAGGAUAUUGAAGUGGGUUCAUUGGACCCUGGAGAUUCAACCAUUGGCUUUAUUGUUGAUGUCGGGACGAACUCCUACAUUAUGGCUGGAAGGUUGCCGAGCCGUGUGCGUAAAGAGUGUUCCAAUUCAGGUCAGUUGCUUGACCUACGGAAUACACUAGAUGGACAGCAUGGGGGAAUCUUUUCGAAUUCAGAUAAGAGCACGAAUCCGUAUAUUGACGCCAAACAAAAGGAGAAGUUUCAGUUUGUGGACGGCUUUCAGAGUAAUUCACACAUCUACGUGUUCUCGAACGUUCCCAAAGAGCGUCAAGUUCGACUUAUUUGGUUCAAGAGCGAGAACAGUAAAACAAAUACUUUGAUGUCCCUCAAAGGUGCAACACUCAAAUGUUGUGGAAACAUGGAGCGCCGGGAGCUCCUGUCUUCCUCUGUGAUUCAAGGUUCUGGUGGGCUCCAUGGGCAGGUGCUCUGGGCAGGUGUGUUCACGGCUGGUAACGCAAGCGACCCCAUCAACACCGUGCUGGCCAUCUAUAACAUCAGCUCUACAGGGCCUCAACUCAAAGACGAUGACCCAGACUUCUGCUAUCAAGCCUGUGCAGAGCCCCCGCGGAAAGGUAACGCACCGGACCUGCAUCCAGAGACAGUGGUGUUUAAAUACAGCUCCAUGACAUCAGUGUUGGCAGUGAGACACAACUCCUGGCUGGUGUUCUUCAUUGGGACAGGAGACGGACAACUCAUCAAGCUUGCUGUAGACAAGGCCUAUAAAUCUGCCUGUGCUAGAGUGCUCUACAAGUCAGAUGACGACCGCCGUGUGUUUCCCAAGAUGCACCUGGAUCCAGUGGACCGCAAACAUGUGUACAUGGCACUGAGGAACCAGAUGAUGCGUGUGCCUGUGGCUCAGUGCAGUGAACACAAGAGUCUGAAGGACUGUUGGUCUGCUCAGGACCCCUUCUGUGGCUGGUGUGAGUCUGAGAAGUCAAGAUGUUCGUUUCAGGAUGACUGCCUUCAGCCUUCAGCCUGGAUCUCCAUCUCUGAGGACUCCCAACAACAGAACAUGGUCUCUUACCAGGUGGAGAAGAGCAGCAGUGGAGAGAAGAUCACACUCACUGUCAAGGUCCACCUGAAUGUGCAUGGGACAGGAAGUCUCACCUCCGCCUGUAUCUUCCUCACAAGAAAUGAUCAUCUGUGUGACAGGACAAACCCCGCUCCAGCGUUGCCUCGAUGCUCCUGCCUGUUCUCCAGCGACCAGCUUCCUGCUGAAGGUCUGAAUGUCACCGUGGAGAUACGAGUGGGGAAACAGAACCUUACUGAGAAUCUGAUGCUCACAAACUGUUCAAACAUCUCUGGACCACCUACCUCUGCCCUGUGUUCUCAGUGCAUGACAGCUGGAUGUAGCUGGAGUAAUGAUGUCUGCUCCUGGACAACCAGGUCUGCCAACUCAGACCCCAUACAGGACGUGUGCAGACCCAGCCAGUCAGGAAUGAACUACUCUGAGCCAGUGAUCGUCUCCAUAGUGCCCAGUGUUUUGUCCUUCCAUGGCAGAAACCACGCCCUGAUGACUGGGAAGAACCUCCAUCACGUGACCAGGGUUCGCGUCCAAGGGCACAUGGACUGCAGUCUCAAGGAGUCUCCUGUGUGGAACAACACUGGGUCCAGUCUGACGUUCCACAUCCCCAUUGGUGACAAAGGUUCUGUCAUUGUGUGUGCCGUGCUGCCAGACGGUCGCUGUCUGGGCAAGGCCACUAUCACCUAUGGGUCCUCACCGUCCUGCACUGGGCUAAUACCAAGCACUACCUGGGCUAGUGGGAAGAGGAAGAUCAAGGUCCAAGGGUCCCAGCUGGAGUUUGUGGAGGGGGUUGUUCAUGACCACGCCCCUCAGACCAUCCAAACCAAAUACAGCUCUGGGACUCUGUGGUACCACACACCUCCCUUUGAACACAUUAACCAGCCAGUCACCUCCACUGUGUCUCUGAGAGUGGCCAAUCAGACACUGGCCUGCUCAUCACAGCUCACCUACCAUCCGGACCCAGAAUUCACCAGCUAUACUGCAAUCAAGACAGGAAACGACCUGCGUGUCACCAUUGAGAAAAGGGCUGACAAGUUGAACAUCGCCACAGAAGAGAUCUUAGUGUUUGGUGUUCAGGAGGAUAACCAGGGUGUAGAGUGUGUCAUGGAAACCAUUGAGAAGAGCAACGGGACUGACUCUGUCAUCUGUGAUAUAAAGAACACUCCCAACUUUAACAUCAAGUCAGUGAGGAUAAGAGUUGGAAACUUCACGAAAAACCUUUUACCAAAACAAGCUGCACCUUCACUGCUACUCGUCCUUGUGCUUAUACCCAUCAUCAUUGUGGUCAUUGUGGGUGCGGUGUGGUAUUCCUACAUUAAACAGAGGAAAAUGGCAGCACAAAUGGACAAGCAGCUGGAACUGCUGGAGUGUGACAUCAGAAAUGACAUCAGACAAGGAUUUGUGGAUAUGCAGACGGAAAAGUGUGAUUUAAUUGAGAACGUUGGAGCCAUCCCUUUCUUGGACUACAAGCACUUUGCUUCCAGGAUCUUCUUCCCUGACGGUGGACCUGUGAUGACCUCCUGUAUCAAAGACAUCGGCCAGGACGCGGUGAAGGGGCAGCCAGACGAGAGCUGCCAGGCCCUGUCCAGACUGAUCCGGGAUCAGGUGUUCCUCACCUCCUUCGUCCACGCUCUGGAGGAGCAGAAGAAUUUCAACGUCAAGGAGAAGUGUGCAGUGGCCUCCCUGCUGACCGUGUCCCUCCACGGUGACCUGCCCUACAUGACCCAGGUGAUGGAGGAACUACUCAGGGCUCUGAUGGAGCAGCCCAGUAACUCCCAGCCCAAACUCAUGCUGCGACGCACCGAGUCCAUCGUAGAGAAGCUGCUCACCAACUGGAUGUCCAUCUGUCUCUACGGCUUUCUCAGGGAGAGUGUGGGCCAGCCUCUUUUCCUGCUGGUUUGUGCUCUGACCCAGCAGAUGUCUAAAGGCCCAGUGGACUCAGUCACAGAAAAGGCUCUCUAUACACUUAAUGAAGACUGGUUACUGUGGCAGGCUCAGGACUUCAGUCCAAUGAGGCUGCAAGUGCUGUUUGCUGUGGGAACAGACGGAGAGGUCAGUGAGCCUCUGGAGGUCAGUGCUCUGGACUGUGACACGGUGGAGCAGGUCAAGGAGAAGAUCCUCCUGGCCUUCAAGACCAAGUUUGGCUUCCCCUACAACACCCCUCUCCGACAGAUACACAUCGAGUAUGAGAAGGAUGGAAGGUUUGUCCCACUGAAGGAGGUGGAUGCCAGCUCAGGGGUUCUAGGAGAAGUGACCAUGCUCAACACACUCAAGCACUACAAGAUACCGGACGGAGCGUCCAUCAAAGUGCUCUCUAAGACCCGUCUGAGUCCUCAGAGCAGCCUGAAAGACGAUCAGAACUACUCCACAAAGUACUUCCAUCUGAUUGACCCUGACCUUGACCAGGACCAAAAGAAGAACCCGGAGAGGAAGAAGCUGAAACUGAAGGAAGUGUACCUCACCAAGCUGCUGUCCACCAAGGUCGCUGUGCAUUCGUUUGUGGAAAACCUGUUCAGAACCAUCUGGGGAACCCCUAACCUCAAAGCCCCGCCUGCCAUCAAGUACUUCUUUGACUUCCUGGAUGCCCAGGGAGAGAGCAAGAGGAUCAACGAUCCAGAUGUACUACACAUCUGGAAAACCAACAGCCUGCCCCUGCGGUUCUGGGUGAACAUCCUGAAGAACCCCCAGUUUGUGUUUGACAUGGAGAAGACCCCGCCUCUGGACGGCUGUCUGUCCGUCAUUGCCCAGGCCUUCAUGGACUCCUUCUCCCUGGCUGAGAAACAGUUGGGCAAGCAUGACCCAACCAAUAAACUGCUCUAUGCCAAAGAUAUCUCCCAGUACAAGCAGGAAGUGAGGGCCUACUACAAGCAGGUCAGGGACCAGCCACCAAUCAACAGCUCUGAGUUCAAGGAGUUUCUGCAUGAGGAGUCAAAGAAACAUGAAAACGAAUUCAAUGAAUCUGCUGCCCUCUGUGAGCUCUACAAAUACAUGCAGCGGUACUUUGAUGAGAUUAAACUGAAGCUGGAUCAGAACGGCGCACCCGUGGAAUUGAAGGAGCAACUGCAGCACGUGAAGAGCCUGUUUGAUAGCCUCAACUGUUCGUGAAACUGAACUCACUCCCCCUUCGAAAUGCUGAAGGCCAGAAAGCCAUUCUAAAAACGGAAUAUGUCAGGAGACUACAUAGGGAUUUACAAUUAAAGAAUAAAAGAGGGAGGCGUUUCAGAUUACUGGGAUGAACCAAAUGAUAGCAUGAAUUAGGUCACAUUCCAGCUAGACAUUUACCCAGAAGCAGUAUCCUCAACCGAAAGACGAAAUAAUGUUUUACAUUUAUUUAACCAGGAAGGGCUCAUUGAGAUUAAAAAUCUCUUUUUCAAGAGCGCCCUGGCCAAGAUAGGCAGCACCGAGUCAUUACAAACAAAUAAUCUAGUAAAAACCAUGAAUUCACAAGAGUAUAAAACAGCAAAUUAAAAACAUUGACAGGUCAGGGAAUCAGCCUCAAAAUCCUUCAUCAGUGAUUUAAAAACACAAAUCGGGAGAAGUUCUUCCAGUUUAAAAGUAUUUUGUAAGGUGUUACAAGACGACGGAGCAGAGUACAAAAAAAACCUUUUGCCAAAUUCAGUUUGGACAUUUGGAACAGUCAGCAGGAUAAAGUCCAGCGAACAAAGAGAGUACCCACCACAUUUCUGAACAAUAAAAAUGCCCAAAUAAAAUGGCUUUGUAAAUAAAAGUAUACCAGUGACUGAGCCUACGAGUGACUAGAGAAGGCCAGCCAACCCUGGUAUACAAAGUGCAGUGGUGCGUAAGAGUUUAAAAUAAAUCUCAAAGUGCCAUGGGAAAGGGUGUCAAUUGAUCUCAAACACUGAGCGGAAGCAUUCAUAUAUAAAAUAUCCCCACAGUCUAGUAAAGGCAUAAAUGUAGCUGAUCUAGCCUCCUUCUGGCUUCAAAAGAAAAACAGGCCUUAUUCCUAAAAUAAAAUCCCAACUUCAGUUGUUGAAUAUGCAAUAAAAAAAUAAAAAUAAAGAGGCCAUCAAGAUAUUUAUGAGGUUACAAUCUCAAUCUCCUUGCCCUGACGGGUAGUAAUAGGUGAAAGGUUGAGGUCUAUUUCUUGCAUUAGAAAACACCAUUAGUUUAGUUGUGCCAGUAUUGAGGAUAAGCUUCAAUUGACAAGGUAUGUUGAACAGAAUAAAAAGCAGUUUGCAUGUUCUGGAAAGCUUUUGUAAGAGACAAGGCACAACAGUAACAUCAGCAUAAAAAUUAGGUUGUGGUGUUAAAUGGUUCUCACAAGUAAAGCUCAGAACAAAAAAUAUGUACACGACCUCAGUAAAGCAUAAACAUUUUUAUAUGAAUUGCAAAUACAAUCACACAAAAAAAGUUGUAUAAAUGUUGUGCAAGUCACAGCUCGUUAGAGCCGUGAAACCAACCUUUAACAAAAAUGCCUUUGGGACUAUCACGCUUUUAAAGUUUCAGCGUGAUGGCUUUAGUGUAAACACUUGAUACAAAUCUCACAACAGUCAAAUAAAUAAAAGAACUCUGAGGAAGUCCCUGGUUGGCCAUUGAUAUCAUUCUUUACAUAGGCAUCAACAGUCAAGGCAUGGAAGGACUCCAGCAACGUUACUCACCAAGGCAUGUAAACAUUGAAUCCAUGUAGUUCUUUCUCUUUUCAUUUGAUAUGUUUUGUGCCAAUAAAAUCAAAAUGCUUUUCAAAA